UUUAAAGCUUCAUUGGAUACAAUAUGGCGGUAUUAAAUACUGGUCGAGUUUCUUAAAUCAUUGAAAAGAUCUUGUCAAAUUACGAGGUCCUGACAUUGUAACUUAUAGUUUUCGAUUAUAACUUGUGCUCAGUUUGUUUAACAUUUUACAGAUAUGGAUUUGAAUCUUUUAAAAGGAAUAUAGAACUAUCUAAUCAAGGAUGUCCGCUGUAGAAAUCGCAGCUCCGCCGACCGGUCCUAAUCUACAAGAGGUUCAGGGGACCAUAAUCGAAGAUUCGAGCACAGGUCCCGAUGGUCGUACCACUGGUGAAGACACUAUUGUAAAAAAGCAAACAAAAGUAGAGGAAAAAACGCAGGAAAAGUCGGAAACAGAGCGACAUUCUGUGCAUAUCAAAGACGACCUUAAAUUAGAAUUAGACUCAAAAAGUGUAGAGAAAGAUACAACGCCAGUCCCGAUGGAUAAUAAUAGCAAAGAAAUGGAACCCACUGACCAAAAACCUACUAAAGGUAACCCAAAAGUAACAGAAUUCAAAUUGCCUGAUAAAGUUGAAAAAGAUUCAGGGAGAGGAGAUGACGUAACAGAUCGAUCCGAACACGUGGUGGACAUUGUGAAACAAUCAAAACUGAAAGAAACUCAAAAGAAUGCAUCUUCGGACUUGGGGGAAUUCUCAGAAUUUCCUCUUUCUCGUCCGUUAACCGAAACAAGUGUACGAGAUGGUACAAAAAUGUCAUAUGACACGGAAAAAGAGCGGAAAGAUAUGAAAUCCGAGACGGACCGAGACACGAAAACUCCAUUUUCAGUGAAAGUGGAACGAAAACCUCUCCACACUGCACAGACCCGAUCACAUUCGGAUUAUUAUUCCAAGUCACCAUCUACUAGCAGAUUUACACAUCUGGCUACCUCGCUUGGUCAGUUCUACGGGUUUGCCGCUGACACAACAGGGAAAGAUAUGCGCUUUCAGCCACAAAUGCAUAGGAUGCGGAGACCACCAAAAUUAGUGCGGCUUGCGACAGUGACAAUGUCACCAAAGACGAAGCCGGUGCCCCGGGGACCAAGUCUGUACUAUGAGGAACCGACGAAGCCAAAGAAGGUAAUAACAUGGGAUGAGGCGAAUGAUGCCCGUCCACCUCUAAGGAUCGACAUGGAAGGACCGGGACCGACAAAUUAUUCUCCGAGGAACAAACCUUUAAAUGAAACGAAUUCUCCAGCUUGGACAUUUGGAUCAAAAUGUUUCAUUGAGAAAGCCGGUGCAGGUUCUAGAACGUCCUGGGAGAAAACGUGGUUCCAGAAUCCGGAAGUAUGGACGUCAAAAGUGGACUUUUACAACGACUCAGCUUGGCCGACUCCGACCCAUUACCGGCAUCGACCAGCACUGGGUCCACGCCAGCGCACUAUGGUAGAAGCUCCAUCCUUUACUAUCGGGACUAGACGAGAGACUACAUUUAGUAAACAAGGAAGUGAUAAGGAGCCGUCACCUGUUGACUACGACAAAGAUACCGCCGACAAAAUUGUGUUGAAGAAAGCUCCCGCGUUCUCCCAUCAGUUUAGGCGGGAAGGCACUGUCGUCUGGGCAAACAAAGAAAAAGUUCCAGGACCCGGCGCUUACAACCCAAAAUUCUCGUACAACAAGCACCACAGCCCAGCUUUUACGAUUAGAUCUCUACGUCGCGAGAAAUCUCACGUCCUUGGACCAUUCUCAACGUUCUGAGAAACACCAACCUAACAGCUGACCCAUCAAAUAUUGUAUACAUUU